UAUAACUUUAAAAAAAAAAUGACAUCAUUAGAGCUUGUUUCAAAAUUCAUGUUAUUAUUUUGUGUAAUCUUAUGCACCCAAUCAACAAAUAAUUCAAAGGAAAAUACUAUUAUUCUGAAUAAUCUUUUCAAAUGUAUUGGAUGGAAAAAUUUAAAACGGAUAAAAAAUGUAACUUUCUUAAAUCAAAUUAACGAUCUUGCCAGUAUCAUUGAAGAGCCAAUAACACAAAAAACAUGUAAUACAAAAAUACGAGCCGCAACUGUUUUCCUUGGUUGCACAUACGCAAGUAUUUUAUUGGACAUUGUAACUGCUAUCAAUUAUCAAGUACUAUUCUGUGAAAAAAUAAUGAGUAAUAAUAAAUUUGAUAAAUUACAAGGACACAAUUGCAUUGUAAAACUAUUAGAAAUUUUGUCCAAUAUAACUUUAUUUACAAUAAAAAUGCAAGGCGCCUUGUAUGCUAUAGACAAAAUGCAUGUAAAACCAUGGAAUCUUUCGUUUAGCUAUAAUAAUACUUCUGUAUUGAAAGCUUUUUAAAUAAAAAAAAAAAACCAUGGAAUCUUAUGAAAAGAUAUCGUUUUAUCUUAAAAUUAGUUUUUGAAAAGUUCCUAAAUUUACAAAGUCAAUUAAAUCAUCAUUCUUCCACAAUGAUACAAUAUUCCUCCGUGUACAAUAUUGAUAUACUAAAUAAUAUAAAAGAAAAGUUGAAAGAUAUUGAAAUAAAUAUAGAAGUGGAUAUCAAAAAACAUUGUAUAAUGGAACCUAGUAAUAUGUUUUUGUUAGCGAAUAAAUUGAAAGCUAAAUAUACUAAUAUUAAAUUUAGAGAAAAUGUACCAUUUUAUAAUGCUGGUAAUGAAAUUAUAUUAAGUGAAAUUAAGAUUUUGAUUUUAGAAAACUAUACAAAACUAGGAUUAAAAUUUAUUUCAAAUGCAUUGGAUCAUGAUUUUAAAAAAACAGAUGACGAAUGCGCGAAUUCUCCAGCUAGAAUUCCAGUUUUUUAUGAUUUUUUUCAAAAAGAAGCAGACAAUGAAUCUGCAAGUUCUCCAGCUACAAUUCCAGUUACAGAUGAUUUUUUUCAAAAAGAAGCAGAUAAUGAAUGCUCAAAUUCUCCAGCUACAAUUCCAGUUACAUAUGAUUUUUUUCAAAAAGAUUUAGUUGGUGAUACGAUAAUGAAUGAAGCUUUCGAGAUAGACACAGAAGAUCAUACUAAAAAAGUCACACCAUUUUAUUAUAAUUAUAUUUAAAUUAUUUUCUCAUUAAUAUUUAGAUACAUAAAACGUUCAGUUAAAAAUAUAACAUAGAUUUUAGUUGAACCUAAGUAUCACUAAGUACGUUAUAAUAUAUGUGAGGAUAAUCAUUCUACAUUAUAUGGCAUAUCGCUACUAUUUUGGCAACAAUACAUAAUUGACAGUUGAUCAAUAUUUCAGGAGCAGUGUUCCGUAUAAAAUGGAAUAUGAUUCAUUCUUUAUUUAGUUCCUAAAAAAAAAGAUUAUUCUGUACCCUAAACUUAUUUUUAUUAAAAAAAUAUUUAUUAACUUGAUAUUUUUAUUUUAAUAUUACAACAAUAUUUUAAAACUUAAUAUUAUCAUAUAAUAAUAUAUUUUAAUCAU